CUCUUGCCUUUCUCCCCCUCGUCAGUGGUGCUGGUAGUAGCCUUCACGACUAAAUCCACCACCGCUCUCGCACCUCAACUCCUCUGGCGCGUUGGGCUCCUCCGCGGCUCCACCAAACCCUAAUCGUUCGGGCGCAACCCCGCCCGCCUCGAUCCGCUCCAGCGGCCGGCCGCCGAGGCGCGGCGGUUCUUGCAGUCGCGCGCGGCGGGCCCGUCCAGCGCGGGCGCAGUGCCCUCCCCGGCGGCACGGCGUGAAGGCAGGCUGAGGCCUUAUGCGAGGUGGAUUUCCGCGGGCGAUGAGACGGAAGCUGGCGGCUGCGGUAGCGGCGGCGCCGUGAAUGGGAGCGGCGGGGGACUGCUGCGGCUGCGGGCUGCGUACAUGGAGGCCCGCGUGGGGCGCGGGAGUGUGCUUUGGCUCGUGAGCGUCGAGAUUUUGUUAAUUCUAAUCUGGACUCAAGGAACUGGUGCGGAUUCUGGUGAAAGCAAAGCAUUGUUUCCGCAAGACGCAGAAGCUGGAGAGAAGGAUGUCUACCUUAGCCAUUCCUGCAUACAUGAUGAGAUACUACAUCAGCGGCGAAGAGCUGGGCGGAAGGAGUACUCUGUCAUGCCGCAAGUCUACCAUGAGUCUCGAUACAAAGUGGAGCAUGUAAGUGGAAGACACCUGUUGGCUGUGUCGUCUUGGCGUGCUCCACAUAGGAAUGUCAAGAAGCCAAUACGCAUAUACCUCAAUUAUGAUGCUGUUGGGCACUCGCCCGACCGGGAUUGUAAAAAUGUUGGUGACAUCGUUAAGCUUGGCGAACCUCCUGUACCAUCAGCACCAGGAACUCCUAUCUGUGAUCCUCACAGCGAUCCACCAUUGGUGGGAGAUUGCUGGUACAAUUGCACCCUUGAGGACAUAGCUGGGGAGGACAAGAAGCAACGGCUUCGGAAGGCUCUGGGACAGACAGUAGAGUGGUUUAGAAAAGCUUUAGCUGUUGAACCUGUCAAGGGCAACCUGCGGCUCAGUGGGUACUCAGCUUGUGGUCAGGAUGGCGGUGUACAGCUCCCUCGUGUGUAUGUUGAAGAUGGUGUUGCUAAUGCUGAUUUAGUCCUCUUAGUAACAACUAGACCGACAACAGGUAACACCCUUGCAUGGGCUGUGGCCUGUGAACGUGACCAGUGGGGUCGGGCCAUUGCAGGACAUGUUAAUGUGGCCCCUCGUCAUUUGACGGCUGAAGCAGAGACACUACUUUCGGCCACUUUAGUACAUGAGGUUAUGCACGUUCUUGGCUUUGAUCCUCACGCUUUCACACAUUUUCGCGAUGAAAGGACAAGGAGGCGUAGUCAGGUUACUGUUCAGACUUUGGAUGAAAAGCUUGGAAGAAUGGUUACCCGUGUUGUGCUACCUCGAGUUGUCAUGCACUCCAGGCAUCAUUACGGAGCAUUUUCCCAAAACUUUACUGGGUUGGAAUUGGAAGAUGGGGGAGGCAGGGGUACCUCAGGUUCGCAUUGGGAGAAAAGACUCUUAAUGAAUGAGAUCAUGACUGGAUCAGUUGAUACAAGAUCAUUGGUUUCAAAAAUGACUUUAGCAUUAUUGGAGGAUAGUGGAUGGUAUCAAGCUAAUUAUAGCAUGGCUGAGCAUUUAGAUUGGGGUCGGAAUCAGGGAACAGAGUUUGUUAUCUCUCCUUGCAAUUCAUGGAAAGGGGCAUACCAUUGCAACACAACACAAUUAUCAGGAUGCACCUAUAAUAGGGAGGCAGAAGGUUACUGCCCUAUAGUAAGCUAUAGCGGGGACUUGCCCAAAUGGGCUCAGUAUUUUCCUCAAGCUAAUAAAGGUGGUCAGUCUUCAUUAGCAGACUACUGCACAUACUAUGUUGCUUAUUCUGAUGGUUCAUGCACUGAUGUAAAUAGCGCACGAGCGCCUGACAGAAUGUUAGGUGAAGUGCGAGGAAGUAAUUCAAGGUGCAUGGCCUCAACUCUAGUGCGAACUGGGUUUGUCCGGGGAUCUAUGACCCAAGGAAAUGGCUGUUAUCAGCAUCGCUGCACAAACAACUCAUUAGAGGUUGCUGUUGAUGGGAUCUGGAAGUCAUGUCCACAAUCCGGCGGGCCUGUUCAGUUUCCAGGGUUCAAUGGGGAAUUAAUUUGCCCGGCAUAUCAUGAGUUGUGCAACACUGUACCAGUCCCAGUGAGUGGCCAGUGUCCCAAGUCUUGCAGUUUUAACGGUGACUGCAUUGAUGGAACUUGUCACUGCUUCCCUGGGUUUCACGGUCAUGACUGCAGCAGAAGAUCUUGCCUAGACAAGUGCAGUGGCCAUGGUAUAUGCAAAGCGAAUGGUAUCUGUGAAUGUCAAAGUGGAUGGACCGGGAUUGACUGCUCAACAGCGGUUUGUGACGAGCAGUGUAGUUUGCAUGGAGGGGUUUGUGAUGAUGGUAAAUGUGAGUUUCGUUGUUCAGAUUAUGCGGGCUACACUUGUCAGAAGGGUUCUGCAAUACUGCCCAGUCUGUCAAUGUGUCAUGAUGUGCUUGUAAGAGAUGCUGACGGGCAGCAUUGCGCACCAAGUGAGCUCAGCAUACUACAACAACUUGAAGCUGUAGUUCUUGUGCCAAAUUACAAUAGGUUGAUGCCAAGCGGGCGGACCUUCCUCAACUUCUUCAACAAUGCCAAUUGUGCAGCAGCUGCAAAGCGGCUGGCCUGCUGGAUUUCGAUUCAACGGUGUGAUGAGGAUGGGGACAACAGGCUUCGGGUAUGCUACUCUGCGUGCGAGCUGUAUAAUACGGCAUGUGGGGCGGGUCUUGAUUGCACAGACCAGACCCUUUUUAGCAAGAGGGAAGAAGAAGGGAAGGGUGUUCCUUGCACAGGAUAUGGCGAGAAGAAGUCUUUCUGGCUAUAGCUUUUCCUGAGCUUCCCGUUAUCACUUUGUUGAAGCUCAGAAAUUGUGUAAAGUAUAAUUGGCAAUGUUCUACCCAUGUUCUUUUUCUUUCUCCUUUUUUUCCUUUUCAUCCACUACUUCCCAAUUGUAGGAUACGGGAAGUAGAGGUCCAUUUCUCCUAGGCACCUGAAGAUGGGUGUCUGGUGUAAAAGCUGUGCUGGAGUGGGCUAUUUGUUAGGUUAGUCUGACUGGAAAGAGGGGGGGGGGGGGGGUAGGAAGCUGGAAGUGGAAGGUGGCUGGGUAGAUUUUUCUUUUCCGCCCCAUCAGAAAUAGUGGAGGGAAUGUAUAGGUUGAUGUGUGUUAUAAUCCAUGUUCCAUUCUUAACAGAACUAUUUCAAUGAGAGCCCCUGUGCUGUGACUCA